AUGGGUUCUUCCCCGACAGCCCGCGGGCACGCGCGCGCGGACGGGUCCAGGCGGGCAGCCGCGGCCUUCCUGGUGACGCUGGGCGGCUCGGGCCGCGCGCUCGGCGCGCGAUCGCCCGCCGCGCUGGAGCACCCCAGCCUGGGCCAGCCGGGCGGCCACGCGCUCCCAGCCGUGCAGGGCGCAGUGGUGGAGCAGGUCGGCACCGCGCUCCGGCCAGCGGCGGGGUGGAUGCGGACGCCGGCUCGCCCGACUGCAGCAGCGCGUCCACCACGUCCAGCAGCGCGGGCUCGUACGCAGCCACCAGCGCGGGAGCGGACACGGUCUCGCACCCCGCGAGUGCGCGACCGACUGGUGCAGGUCCCUGGACUCGGUGAGCGCUGCGCGCGCGAAGAGGCCACUCCAGUCGACGCUCAGCAGCGCCGGGAGGCCUGUGCCGGCGGGAGCUGA